GUUAUAUAAAACAGCUAGAUUACAGCAGAAAGUGACCAAUAUGAUUAGUAAAUAAAAAUAUAGAAUAUACAAAAUAAAAAUACAGAAUAUAAAAAAUAAAAAUAUAGAAUUAAAACAAUAGCAAUUGGUCACUUUCUGUAAUCUAGCUGUGUGUGGUUCAGCUUCUUCAUUUCUGCAAGAUAAACUAAAAUGGCCUGUAUAAUAUUCCUCUAUGUUUGAAUAUGAAAGGAGUGAGUAUUUUAAAACAAUUUUCUCAUAUUUAAAACAGUUACAUCAGGGAAUCCUAAUUAAUUUCCAGAAGACCACGAGAUGUUACAACUCUGGUACAUACGAUGUUACAACACUGAUACCCUAGCCGAGUUCAUAGUAGACAGUUUGCAGUAAGCUCGAUGUUAAGGUAGUGGGGGAGGUUGGGUAAACAGUGCACUACCACCACAGUUGAGCGAUAUCAACAUUAUGAGGUGGCUGUGGCUCUGUGCGGUAGCUGUGGCGAUACUCACGCUCGGCGAGGCCGUGGUAGACUUGCCCUGGUGGAGAACUGCCGUCCUCUACCAGGUCUACCCGCGCUCCUUCAAGGACAGCGAUGGUGACGGCGUUGGAGAUUUGAAAGGUAUUACUGAGAAGGCAAGCUACUUGAAAGAGUUAGGAGUCACUGCGAUAUGGAUGAACCCGAUAUUCAAGUCUCCCAUGGCAGAUUUUGGAUAUGACAUUUCAAACUACCGGAAGAUCGACCCAUUAUACGGUUCCAACAAGGAUUUGCUGGAACUCUUGCAGAAGUUACAUGAAUUGGAUAUCAAGCUCUUGUUGGAUUUGGUUCCGAAUCACUCAAGUGACGAGCACGAGUGGUUCCAGAAGUCGGUCAGAAGAAAGGAAGAUCCGUACACCGAUUAUUACGUGUGGCAUGACGGCAAGAUAGACAACGUCACAAACCAGAGAUCCCCACCUAACAACUGGGCGAGCAUAUUCGGCGGUUCUGCUUGGACAUGGAACGGAAAGCGUCAGCAGUAUUACCUGCAUCAGUUCGUAGAGAAACAGCCCGACCUCAACUAUAGGAAUCCUCACGUAGUGCGAGAGAUGGAUAAUAUUAUUCGAUACUGGCUUGACAUGGGGUUUGACGGUUUCCGAAUGGACGCUGUGCCAUUUUUGUUCGAGGACCAGCAGCUCCGGGACGAUCCAAAGUUACCAAAUGGACUCCUGGAUCCCGUCUAUACCAGGAAUCGUCCGGGAACAUUCAAACUGCUUCAGCAUUGGGCUGAUGUAGUAUUGGAAUACAUAAGAGCUGAUGGAAAAGACAGGGCCCUGUUUUUGGAGGCCUACGCUGAUCUAAAGAACACAGCAAAAUACUACGGUCGGGGUAACCGCAGCUUCAUGCAGCCUUUUAACUUCGAACUGCAGCAAUACACCAACUUCACAACCAGGGCUGUUGAACUACGAGAUAUCAUUGUUGGCUUCAUUCACGCCAUGCCAUCAAAUGUCACCGUGACAUGGGUGAUCGGAAACCACGAUAGAGCCAGGGUCUCUUCCAAAUAUGAACCGGAAAUGAUCGAUGCUCUGAACCUUCUGACGGGAGUACUGCCAGGGGUGAAGGGGGUGUACUAUGGCGAGGAGAUCGGCAUGCAGAACACUUCAAUCCGGUGGGACCAGACCAUAGACCCCAGCGGACGGCUGCUUGGACCUGACCACUACCAGGAGGGAUCCAGAGACCCGGUGAGGACUCCUAUGCAGUGGAAUGAUUCCCAAAGCGCAGGUUUCUCCAGCAACAGGACCACGUGGUUACCUGUAAACCCCAACUACUGGAGACUGAAUGUGAAAGCUCAAAGGAAAGCAGAAGCCAGCCACUUGAAGGUUUUCCAAGCAAUCACUGCCCUUAAACAAGAUCCUGUCUUACUCAGAGGUCAUCUCAAAGUCCUGGCUCCAAACAACGAUACACUAGUCGUAGUCAGAACGUUCCACGAUUCAUCGUUCGUUCUGUUGAUCAACAUGGGAAGUUACGUGACCACGUAUACGACCCAGAACCUGUUCUCAUCGUUAGGCAUGGAUAUCGACAUGACUGUGACUAUCGCCAGCCUGAACUCUGGCCUCAGUCCGGGAAUGGAAUUAAAACAGAGACGGGCUAGUGUGAGCCUGAGGCCGAAGGCGGCCGUACUCCUCAAGUCGGGACCAUCUCCACCUUGAUAUGUAUAGCGAAUUUAGGAAUUGUUCCAAGAGUUUCCCACUCUCUAAUUCAGAUACAAAUAAACCUCAAUCUCAUGA